CAGUGGUGCAGAAGGGUCUAAUGCUGAUCUUAUCGGAACAACUAUUUCUGGAAACGCUUUUGACAAAGGUCGCUCAAAGAAAAGAAUACGAGUACCACCGAAGUUUUCAACAAGAAUGGACAGCCGUUGUGGAGAUGGAGGGUUCUGCUGUGUUUAAAUCCACAGAUGGGGGGUAUGCCAAAGCGUUCGUAUCCGACGUUGCGGAUCAACAUUUUGCCAAGUUCGCAUCAAGACAAGAUAAUCAAACGAAUAAAAGACACGCCUUUGUUGGCAAGAACUGUUCGCCAUCCUACCAGCAUGAUAGAAAAUCAAAUUGAAUUACGUUCACGAUUAACGGAUGGAAAUCUCAACGCCUGAGAGAAGAUUAAUCUGACAGUGUAUGAAACAGACUGUUAAGCCGUUAGCAAAACCAGGAAGCACCUGAAGUCGCAUUAAUGGAGCAGUGAAAUAUUUGAUGUGCAUCCCAGGUCAGGGUUGGCAUUUAUCUGGAAAACAAAAUUGUUUUGCCAGGUAUAACUUGGGGUCUACAAUGUAAACGCAAUAUCCAGCAGCAUCUAAGUAGCCUUUCUCAUAAAGUAUGCUAGUGGUGUUUUUAUGGAGGAAUAAUUAUGAAUAAUUUCAUGAUAUUGUCGAAACAGUUGUUAAAUUGUAUUUUUUCAUGACUUUAACACGCUAUUAUGUUUUCCAAAUGCUGUACACAUAAAUGUGUAACGCAGCAAACACAUUUUCAUGAUGUAUUUAUUUACAUUUCAAUACAAUUCAAUUGUUCUCAGUCUAUUAUUUGUGUAAAGAGCAAAUAUAUGUGGUUAGUGUACGGUUUUAAUUCACUUUUUUAUCCCCGAGGAAACCUUCAAGUAUCCCGUCGAUGGAUUCAUUCAUACUGAAGAAAACUCAUCAAAGUGCAUUCAAAUGUAAUCAGUUUAUCCAUCCCCGCACGCACUUCCGACCCAGCUUAUCCUCACUCAAGUCAAAGGGCACGCUGCCUAUCUCAGCUGACUCUGGGCGAGAGGGGCGCCCCACGGUGGAGAGCACCGGUAGCCCCCGAACCCCCCCAACAGGCAGGGCCGUCCCACCACCGCUCCCUUCCCCCCUACAGAAGUCGUUCCCUCCCGGCGUCUGCCCAAGUUCACCACCGCUGGCGUGUUGCUGCUGUGCUCGGUUGAGAAAGUCUUCAAACUCUCUCGCCUUGUUUUAUCGGACGCUACAAAAGUGGUUUUACACGGAUGCUUUUUUUUUUUUUUUUUGGACUCCUUGUGACCAUGGAUUGAACAGAACAUUCUGUAGAGAUUUAAACUUAAUUUCAAAGCGCGCUGCGAAGUUUUACAUGGCGCACCCGACGUCCUUUCUGCUGGUCGGCGACCAGACGACCACGUUCCCCGCUCGGAUUGAGUGUUAAAACUAGCCGUUUAUUGCGCCCCCCCCCCCAAAAAAAAAAAAAAAAAAAAAAACAAAAAAACGUCGUAAAUUAAAUGUAGGCCUAACAAGUGGACCGAGCUGGGGGCCGCCUAUGAUGAACAUUUGUCCGCUGGGGCUCUGGUAAAGCAAACUAUGUCGGGAGUGGUCCGAACGCUGAGCCGCUGCCUGCUGCCGGCCGAGGCGGGUCGGGACGCGGGCGGCGGCAGCAAGGAGAGCGGCCGGGGCAGGGACGCCGCGCAGGAACGGGAGGCUCGGCGGAGGAGCCGGGAGAUCGACGCCAUGCUGGCCCGGGAGAGGCGAGCCGUGAGGCGGCUCGUGAAGAUCCUGCUCCUCGGGGCCGGAGAAAGCGGAAAGUCGACUUUUCUCAAGCAGAUGCGCAUCAUUAACGGACAGGAGUUCGACAAGAAAGCGCUGCUGGACUUCAGGGACACUAUUUAUGAAAAUAUACUGAAGGGCAUGCGCGUGCUGGUGGACGCCCGCGACAAGCUCGGCAUCAGCUGGCAGAGCUGCGAGAACGAGAAGCAAGGCAUGCUGGUGAUGUCGUGGGAGGGGCGGGCGGGAGCCGUGGGCGUCGAGCCCGGCGAGUUCCAGCUGUACGUGAUGGCGCUGAGCGCCCUGUGGGGCGACGCCAGCAUCCAGCAAGCCUACGCCAGGCGCUCCGAGUUCCAGCUGAGUGAGUCAGUCAAAUACUUCCUGGACAACUUGGAGCGCAUCGGUCAGCUGAGCUACGUCCCGAGCCGGCAGGACAUUCUGUUCGCCCGCAAGGCCACCAAGGGCAUCGUCGAGCACGACUUUGUCAUCAAGAAGAUUCCCUUCAAGAUGGUGGACGUGGGCGGGCAGCGGUCGCAGAGGCAGAAGUGGUUCCAGUGCUUCGACGGAAUCACCUCCAUCCUCUUCAUGGUGUCGUCGUCCGAGUACGACCAGGUCUUGAUGGAGGACCGCCGCACCAACCGGCUGGUGGAGAGCAUGAACAUCUUUGAGACCAUCGUCAACAACAAGCUCUUCCUCAACGUCUCCAUCAUCCUCUUCCUCAACAAGACCGACCUGCUGGUGGACAAGAUCCGGACGGCCGACAUCCGCAAGAACUUUCCCGAGUUCAGGGGAGAACCGCGCAGGCUGGAGGACGUGCAGGCGUUUCUGGUGCAGGCGUUCAGCCGCAAAAGGAGAAACCGAGGCAAGCCGCUGUUCCACCACUUCACCACGGCGGUGGACACGGAAAACAUCCGUUUCGUCUUCCACGCCGUCAAGGACACCAUCCUGCAGGAGAACCUCAAGGACAUCAUGCUGCAGUAACACUGAAAAAAACAAAAAAAGGAACACUCUUGACUUUCGGAGAAUCAAAAUGAAAAAAAAAAAAGCCUGCGGGGGCCCGACAGGACUUGGCUGUAUCAACACUGACCUGUGGAGCGGUUUAGUGGACCCGCUGAGUGGUUCCGACACAACGUGUGGAGUCGUUGCCUAACGCAUCUGAUGCACCCGAACAUGGAUUGUGUCAGUAUGCGUUGGAGUCUCAUUCUUCCCUUUCUUACACACGUAAAAUGAUUUGAACGAAACAAGCGCUGAAAUAUUUUGGGUUUUUCUUUCGGACGUCUGCAAGACUAAUGACAACACGGUCACUAAAUAAGGUCAGAGGGGGGGGGGGGGGUCCGCGUGACCGAGGUUUUGGGCCGUUGUGGUCAUAUGCUGCGUUAUGUGAUGAAGUUGCACAAGCGUCCUGUCGAUGAACCGGGAGCAGAUGAUGAUGAUGAUGAUGAUUGUGUUCUGGCAUCAUCAACGAUGACGGGAGGCCAGCUGCAGUUCACGCAGCAACAACAACAACAACCCGGAAACGGGUCUCGAGGGCCCCGUUCUCACGGAAAGCCGUUUGAGCCCGGCUCGCGUUCGCUAUUAGUCGGCCGACGCUCGGAGAAUUCUGUUUCUCAAACGAGACCCCGCGUCGAAGGAUCCAAACGUGGCGCUACGAAUGCUCGCCGGCCACAAAACGGGAACCAAUCGGAAAAAAAAACAUUAAGCUGUCAAUAUUUUGUUACGUGAAACAAUGAGUAUCAGGAAGGUAUGACUAUGAAAUAAUUUUUGAAAAUGGGCGUAUUAUAUCACAAAUAUGCAGGCGCAGUACUGGUCCUGCCGCAACUCGCCUCGGAGAGCCUAAAGUCGGAUCCUGCUAGUUAACAACCGUGUUACUACAGAUCGCAUCAAAAUUCUACUGCGCGUCACUAGUAGCAUUGCAGUAGUUUUGCCUCACUACUAACAUGUAGUUGUUCUGCUAGUAUGCCAAAGUUCUAGUAGUGCAGUGCGAAACAUCGUACUAGUGAGGACAAAGUGCAGUAGUACAUGGAUGUGGAUCAAAAAUAACUCGUAAAUGGCGUUUCAAAGCUUUCCACCAAGCGGUACAGUUCGCUUCAGUACUCGCCAUGUUUAGGCGAGGUCUACUAGUCCCAUCGUCAGCGUCAUAAUCACUGAUGCAAUAAGCGGCGUGCGAGCUAAUUUAAAAAAAAAAAAUGUUUGCCGGUCUAAAAACAGAAGAUGGUAUAGAGCUCCUGCACCUACGUCAUCAAAUCAUGUGACUUUUGUGCACGUCGCCGUACUAAGAAAUUGGACUGAUAAUUCGUUUCCGCUUGUCUUGGACAACUGGAUCCACACGUUGUGACUUGGUGAGUAAAUUGUCGGGAUUUACACAGAAAAGUUUAAAAGUGUAUAAAAGUCUUUAUGCAUACAAAUACUCUGUUGCUGGAUCUGUUUUCAUCAGGAAUUAAUCCCACAUAGCGACGGUUUGGACGGCUCGUGAACGCAGAAACGUGUUCGACCGCACGUUAACCUUUGCCGGAAUCCAUCGAUCUUUUCAGCUAGUAUUCAAUACAAAUUCCAAUAUUUCAAUAACCGAGCCCUGCUUUUACACAAACUCGCAUUCAUUAACUAUGAUUGGGGGAAAAAAAACAAAAAAGACAGCGAGUCGGCUUCCCCGUACACAAAGUGUGUUACGGCUACACGUUAAACUUUGGCAAACUUCUCCAUGACAUACUUUUUUUUUUAAAUACGCAUUGUUCUCAAAUGAGUCCAAUGGUUAACGUCCCAUUUUUAGUACAUCAUGAUUUUCAUGCAUUAUAUCCUCCAUUUUUCCCCUUGAAAAAUAUAUCCUUUAAUGAGCAAGGUCCUAUUUUUGGGACGAUCUACUAAGAAAACCCAAGUACUCUCUCGCGGGCAGACGAGAUUAUAAAUUAGUAAAGUUAUCAUAUAACUUAACCAUAAACACGAAAAAAGUGUUAUUUCCUUGAUUGUGACCUGUUAGGAGACUUUUACCUCAAUAGGGCAAAAAAAUUGCUACCCUGGGUUAAAAGAAGAAAAUAAACCACUGGGAUAGGCUUCAGCCCACGUACAAGGAAGCGCGUUGCGGCCACAGGUUAACCUACGUAAACUUCUGUGUGACUGACGGUUUAUUAACUUUUUAUAAAUUACACGUUAGAAUCAUUUGAGAACAAUGCAUAUUUAAAAAAAAACGUCGGGGGGAGGUUUCCCGAAGAUUAACGCCGUAACACGCUUCCGUGUGCGGUUUUUUUUUUGAACACCAAUUGUUCUUAAAUGAGCCAACUUGGCAUUAUAAAUACUUUUUAGUAAUUUGAGAUUGAGAAGAAUAAUUCCUACCUGAAAUGAAGCGAUCGCAACACAGUCGUGUGUGUAUGUUGGUCGGGCACCAUCCAUCACGUUGAAUCGCCGAAAUCCAUCGAUAUUUUCUGGUAUUAAGUAGAAUGAUAUCUUUGAAUAUCUGUCCCGUCUGUUGUGAUAACCAACAGCGCAACAAGUCUCGGGCAUUGCGAAUAUUCUGCUGCGGUUCAACGUCCCCCGCACUGUUGAGCAGCUCUGUUUGACAGGCAAUAUGGCCGCCGUGAAAAUGGUGACGUCACGUGCACGAGCUCUCUAUCGUUACUCCCGAGUCACAAUCUCUUCUUUUGUGACAUCUUGUAAAAUAUUACUUUAUCUCCUUAAGAGGCAUUCGGGGGUUGGAGCUAAAGCGAAAUGUUGCAAGUGUUCAACACAAAGUCAUAUUUUUAAUCUGUCUGCAUGUUCCAGCCCGCAAAAGAAAAGGUCACAGACGACCGCGAUGAAUCAGCACCGGAGUGAAGAUUCGGGGAUGUUUGUACUGUGUCGCUGCUCGUCCGGAGUACGCCGCUCACUCGAAGAGCAAGUAACGACACACUUGCUUCUUUCCCAGUCAUGUGAGGGCUUCUUUUUUUUUUUUUAUUAAAAAAAAAAAAAAUGGUUCAGAUGUCAGAAAUCGGUAUGGCAUUGCAAUGCUUUGUUGGAUCAAAAUGGUUGUGUCGCUCUUUGAGGAUAUUUGGCGAUUUUUGGCGCGAGUGGGAGUCGCUUCCCCCAAUGCCAGUGAAUCCAAUUUGAAGCACUGGGAAAUCAAUUCGUGCCCUGCGAUUAAUGUCAAAUAUUUUGUUUCAUCCAGCUGAGGAGCCAAGGAGCAAAAUUCAAAGCACGAGGCCGUUUUAUCAGUGGAACUACAGUGGUGCCUUCACAUGCAAGAUCUUAGCAGUCAGAUUUGAUUUGAUUUUUUUUCAAACUCGAGACGCAAGCGCUGCAUGGUGCCGGUGAAAUGAAUUUUCACAAAUUAUGAACAAUUGUUUAAAAAAAAAAAAAAAGAGAGAAGUUUCCAAGCUGUUUAAUGCCACUAACGCUGGAAAUUUAACGUCAUAAUAAACACAAAAGUAGGAGUCGCCUUUAGUCCGCUACCUUAAUGCUAAUGCUAACACAUUUUGGGAAACUUAUAUCACCCUUUAAUUAUGAUAUUUGAACACUAACAGUGCAGAAACAAAUGUAGACAUUCAACAUGACAGCACCCACAGUCGUAUAUUCUUUAUCCUCUGCAAAAAAAAAACUGGGAGGACUUCCUCUUCUUCUUCUUUUCCUUUCGGCUUGUCCCGUUAGGGGUCGCCACAGCGUGUCAUCUUUUUCCACCUAAGCCUAUCUCGUACUGUACAAAUGUCCGCGUACAAUGUUUCCGUCUCUCAUGCUGCCCCCAGGUGGCCAAGGCCGGCAGCAGAAAAAAAUGUCAUCCGGAUGAUUCCAAGUGUGAUAAAAACUGUGGAAGUAAAUUGGUGCCACCAGGAUUUGAAUUUGAAGUUCCUACAAUUCACUGUCUGAAAUUCACCCUCUGUGCCACGUGGCGUCACGUGACUAAGAAAGCAUAACUGGAUUGGCCGGCUGUUCGGUUCUGACCUGAAGUAACCCCGCCUGGUGGCGCAGACGGUGAAUUUUAGACAGCGAAUUGUAGCAACUGUUGAAAAUGUGUUCACUUUACAUUUCAAAUUCAAAUCCUGUUUUCUGUGGCAUUUCAAAUUCAAAUCCUGGUGGCACUAAUUUACUUCCAUGAAAAACGGGUUCCAUUUUUUUUUUAUAUUCUAUUUAAUUUGUUCUGUAUGCUUUUGUAAGGUAAUUUGAGAUUUCAAGGCAGAAAUGCGUUAGAAUAGUACGGGACGUGUUUGAGGGCAGCAGAACAGCGGUGAGGUGUGCCGUCGGCGUGUCAGAAGAGUUUAAGGUGGAGGUGGGACUGCAUCAGGGAUUCGCGCUGAGCCCCUUCCUGUUUGCGGUAGUAAUGGAUGGACUGACAGAUGAAGUUCGACUCUGUGGCCACCCCUAACGGGACAAGCCGAAAGGAAAAGAAGAAAAUUUAUAGAUUUCAAGGCGCCACUGUAUACUUUCUAAGCUCCGUUGACAAUGUUUCUGGUGGCCGAGGCAGACCCUCUUCAGGCCAACGUAAACAAAACCGAACAGUCACGAGACAACGCGGCAGGACGGCGGGCCGCGAUUGCCCCGGAUCCCGGCGAGAUGUUUACAUUUUUGAAAUAUUUGCCGCGGCAGUCACUGUUCUGAUGCGAAAUCCAGUAAAUGGAGUGCACAAAACGGAACUUGACAGUGUCUAAUAGGGCGUGACAAUACUUGGAAGCGGUCCGUGGUGUUGACGGGAUUCCCGAGCAGCUCACGCUCGCAAUCCGAAACGCUUUUAAAACUUAAGCCACGUGUUUAAUUGAAGUACAACGCCGGCUCCGGCAUACCCGUUUGUAUCGCUUGAUGUUGAAUGUGUGUAGACGCUCCCUCCCUUUGCGAAUAAUGGAUUCUUUUAUAAUGUUUUGGUACAAGAAACGGAUUCAUUCAUUUGCUGCUGACAGGAAAUUAAAACCGUCAAACAUUUGUUUCAAAACUUUUUGCACCAUGAAUGUGACCUGUAAACAGGACAUAUUAAUUGAUUAAAAUCUUUUUUUUUUAUUAGGGGAGUAAAAAUAAACAACUGAGGUUUUGCAGAACUGUACACACCCUCUUAACUGGGGAUGCCAGGAAUCAAACUUUUUUUUUUUUUUUUUCAAAACGAUCAUUAUUUUUAAUUGCUCAGGUUUUUGAUGGAAAAAGUUUUGAAAUAAUUAAUCCUGGUCUAUUUUUUUUUUUUUUAUAUCAUGAAAAACCGGCAUUUGAACAGGGAGAUGUUGACUUUUUGCCUCCCACGUUUUAUCCGGACUGCCAUACAAGUCCCCAAAAACAUCCAAGAGGGACGCAAAACAUUUAACUGACAAAUGUUUGUAAUAGAAUAAUAAUACGAUAACGCUUUGCCCUGAUUUAAAAAGAAAAAAGGUCCCUGCUCCAAAGGGUUAACAAGCACUUCCACGUUUGUUAUUAAUACUGCGUUACAACUGUAAUCUAUGUUCAUUUUGAAUUUCAACGAUGGCCUUUUGUUCCUGCUCAAAUUUCCUGUAUAUAGAGGAGUGUAAAACUGUGGCAGUUUGUGCGUUAUUAAAAACGAAAAAAUGUUUAAAAAGAUUCCCCUGUUAACAGCAGCACUGCAAAUGUACGACUAACCCACUUCACACAGCUUUAUGGGGGGGUGGGAAAAAAAUGUAAAUAAAUGUGACAGUGCCGGAAGUGUGCUGAGGGACUAGGACAAAAUCUGGAG